GCGUCACUGAGAGAAUCCAGGCCUCACUGGAGAAAGACGUGCUCGAAUUUACCAUACACAAGACGAGAGGCAGCCAGAAGAAAGAAAGGAUUACCACUAACAAUAUUGCAUACAAGAACCACCACUGGUCCCGCCAGGGGAAGGUGCUGUCCAAGAAGACAGUGUAAGAAAUAGUGCGAACAAUGGAGGAAAAUUAUGCCAAUGUUGAACCAAAACCUUCAACAAAUCACACAGGUCCAACAAGCUCUGAGGAGAGUUCAUAUUUAGGUGUUACUAUCUUUCUGGGACUGCUCAGUAUUUUCCUGUUGCUUGGACUCGUCACUCUUGUUGUCUUUUAUGGUCACUCAGCUGCAGAGCUCUCUGACAUCAAAGGCAACAUGACUGUGUUUCUCCAGACCAGCAAAGACAAACUCUCCUCCAUGACUGAGGAGAGAGACCUGCUGAAAGCCAACCUGAUUAAAAUGACUGAGGAGAGAGACCUUCUGAACGCCAACCUGACUGAAAUGACUGAGGAGAGAGACCUGCUGAACAUCAGCCUGACUAAAAUAACUAAAGAGAUGGAAAGACUUCAGAAUUUGCCUAAACAGAUUCUUCCAAGGAAAACAUGUCCUGAAGGAUGGAAAAUGUUCAGUUGUACCUGUCAUUUCCUCUCUGAAGCGUCUGGUUCCUGGGAUGAAGGCAGACAGGACUGUAGAAACAGAGGAGCAGAUCUGGUGGUGAUAGACAGCCCUGAAGAACAGACGUCAAUCUCUGGCUUCAUCAAGAAAGACACUUGGAUUGGUUUGAAUGACACAGAAAAGGAAGGGACCUGGAAAUGGAUUGAUGGGACUCCAAUGACUCUGAACUACUGGGGCCCAAAUCAACCUGAUAAUGGAGGUGCAAGUGGCAGGUGGGGGGAAGAAGACUGUGCACACAUCUCAGCCGGCGGCAACUUUCCUUGGAAUGAUGCUUCAUGUUCAAAAUCUCUGCCAUGGAUGUGUGAAAAAAUACCAUAACAUUGUUAAAUUUGUAAAUGUUUUACCAAUUCAGCUAUUGAAUUAUUCAUAUUUUUCAGCUUGGGUAUUAUUUAACUUGUGUGACUGCAAAAUGCAACUUUUUGUACAUAACAACAAAUGAUUAUGAAGACAUCUCUUAAAAAGACAAACUUUACAUUUGUGAGAUUGCAGCUUUCUGAAAAUAAAUAAUAAAAAAUAUAUUCUCUAUUUUCAAAUAAAUUAUAGUGAUACUUUUGUUUGCUCUAAAUUAAAGCAUGUGUCUGUUAACAAGGGAAAUAGAUUGGGGGUGGUACCCAAGGAGCCCUAGGUCUCUGACAAGGAAUAAAUUGGGCAGACAUGGAAAAGUUCAUAAACAGAGGAAAUACCAGUGUUAUAGACACAAAGAAACGGGUGUGACCAACGGCGAUAAGGUACAUGCAAAGGUUAGAGAAUGGCCACUGUGCUUUAAUUGUGUUUCUAAAAAUUGUAAGAUCUUAGCUUUUCGGUUUUUUUUUCUUUUUUUUUUUCGGUAAUAAUAAAUAAAUUGCCCUAAAUUAAUUGUCCACAGUUUUCAUUUGGUGAACGCAGAUCCCUCUGUAGACACUUUUUGUAGUGUAGUUGUGUGUGAAUAGUUUGUUGUGCCUGAUGCUGCGUCUCUGUCAUGUGUACAGUGUACACUUCAGUUUGAGUAGUGGGACAUGAGGUUUAGGCUUCUUAUUGGCUAAU